AAAGUAGUUUUGUUACUGUGAGCACUUUAGAAGAUAUCAUAUAUUCAUCUCAGUCUGUAUUUAUUUAGAACUAAUUCUAGUAUUUUACAUUAUAUAUGUUAAUUAGGCAUAUAAUGUAGGUGAAAGAAAGAAAAUAAGUAAUGGAAAUUUUUGGCACAACAAUAUUUGGAGUUUUAUUUCAUGCAAUUUCUCUUACUUAACAAUAGAUUUGUCAAUCAAUUUAACAUCUCUAAUUCUCGCAAUCGUAAUUCUUGGAAAGAAAGAAAAUUUUUAGAAAUGUAGAAAAUUCUUGACUGAAAAAUUCCUGCAGUUUUAGAUAAUACAAUCUCCUUGUUGAUUAUGUUCUCCUGAUGAAUGUUGUCAGUUUUCGAAAUUUCUGAUUUUUGCAGAUUUAGUAUUUAUCGAUUGCCGAAAUUACCACUUAAAUUAUCAAGAAGAAUGUUGUCUGUCACCAAUACAAUAUUUGUUUUAUCUAUUUGUUUGCAUACAAUAUUCGAUACUAAAUUCAUAUGUGUUUAUACAUAAUAUUGUGCAAAAUAAAUUAAUAUUAAUGAAAAAAAUCAUUAAAAGAUGUUACGAGUAUUGAUUCGUAAACCUUAUUGUAAACUUUUAAAAUCUUACAACCAUGCAUUCAACUCGCAAACUCGACGUUUAGCCCGUUUAGGUUACAUCAGGUAAUUACAGUGAUAAAUCAAAAUUCUAAAUAGUCUAAAAUAUUUAAUCAUAUAAUAUAAAUAAAAAAACACACAACAGUGUCUAAUGUUUCAUCAUUCUUCUUAUAAAUUUUAUAUUAUAUAUAAAAUAUGUUUACAAUGAUUUUGUAGAGUAAUGUUAGUUUGACACAUUAAUUUCACAAAAAUCAUAUACAGCUCAACACGGAAAAAAUCGGGAAGUGGUGAUUUCCAUCGAGCAGAUGCGUGUAUCGAUAAACCGAUAAAAUGGCCGAGCGGAAAGAGGAUCAGUUUUGAUUUCCACGAAGAAACCGAAGCUGCUAUGAAUGAGCAGAUAAACGUGGAGCUGAUGGCGUUUUAUUAUUAUUUAUCAAUGGCUGCAUAUUUUGGUCGUGUGGACGUUGCUUUACCCGGAUGCAAGUCAUUCUUCACGCAGAUGCAUCACGAGGAAUAUAAGCACGCAUUGAAAUUUUUUAACUACAUACAAAUGCGAGGUGGCAAAGUGCAUUUGUGUGCAAUAUCGCCGCCGGACGAUCAAGAUUGGAAAUGUCCGUUGCACGCAUUUAAAACAGCAUUGCAGCUGGAAAUCGAAGUUAGUAGAAAACUGGUCGCGGUGAACGCUACAGCGGAGAAGUACGGUGACCUGAACGCGAGUGACUUCAUCAUCACCGGCUUCAUGGAAGAUCAGAUGAAAAGCGUGAAUGAAUUGGGAAGAUUAACGACCGUGCUGUCGGGUGUUGGAGAUCAAGCACUGGCGCGAUUCAUAUUUGACAAGGAUCUGCUAAAAAAAUGUUCUGAAAAGUAAAUCCGAGCGAAGAAAGUUCGACAAAUAGCUGUAUGUGUCCUCUUAUGGAAUUAUU